GGGAGGAGGAAGUCUUUCCUCCUGGCCUCAAGUUGGCUGACCUGUCUGCAGUUUCCUCCUCCAUCCUGGGGGAGGGUCUCUGGCUAAAGUCCUGGGGGCUUCUGCCUGAAGAUGAUCUCUAUGGGCCAGACCAGCCCCACGGCUACUCUCGAAGGAACUUCGCCUCAUCGUGGGAUUCCUACCUCCAAGAGCUCCCCAGCCCCGAGUUCCCAGGGCCUCCUAAACCAGAUGGAACAGUUCUCCAGGUGUCCCCCACAUUUGGCUGCAAAGUUGGAGAGCAUUUGUUACUCGCUGCAGAGGGUGCAGGAGGAUCUUGAAGGCCACCACAAGCAGAUAGGAAACAUCUUACAGAUGGUGGAGAGCUGCGGCGAGCACCAGGAGUUCCCAUCCACGGGGGUGGCCCAGAUCCCACCUGCUGAGCCCACCCCCCCUGACACUCCCCCGCACCUGGAGGCCAAGACCCCGCAGGAGUGGAACUUCAGAGAGGUCCUGGCCACGAGGUCAUCCGACUGGCUCUGGUGGCCCUUUGGAGCAGGAGCCCAGCAGGAGACUCGGCUGUCCUGGGACCAUCAACCCCGGUUUUGGCAAGAUAUUCUGACCGAGCGACUCUGGCAGAUUUUUGCCGGUGUCCACAAUGAGACCAAAGACCUGGGACACUACAUGACAGAGCAGGCGCCAGGGCUGGGGCAGGAAAGCGAGGCCCUGGGUUCAUGUGAGUCGGAAGCGCAGCCAGGUACAGAAGACGCCUGGAGUCACCACGCUCCUGGCCUGCCCAAGACCUCCACUAGGCCCCCUGAGGGCUCCCCAGAGGAGAGCAGAAGCUGGGGUGUGGCCCAGGAGCCUGCUGGGAGACCCUGUUCUUUUCUGAAGCCCAUAUGCUGGGAUCCAGAGGACUUUGAGGACACGUGGAAGAGGCCAGACACCUUGCCCGGGCAAUCCAGGCGGCUGGCUGUGCCGUACAAGCUGGAGACGCUGCGGACGCUGGAACACGGGGCGUCCGUGCUCGCUGUGGCUGUCAGCGGCUUCACGCGGCACGUGUUUACCUGCGGCAGGGGCGGCGUCAAGGUGUGGAGCCUGACCGGCCGGGUGGCCGAGGACAGGUUCCCCGAGACCCACCUGCCCGUACAGACCCCAGGGGCCUACCUGCGCACCUGCCUGCUCUCGUCCAACAGCAGGACGCUGCUCACGGGCGGCUACAACCUGGCCGGCGUGAGCGUGUGGGACCUGGCGGCGCCCUCCCUGCACGUGAAAGAUGAGCUGCCCUGUGGGGGUCUCACCUGCCAGGCCCUGGCUGCCGACCCCGAUGACAACCUGGCCUUCAGCGGCUUCAGCAGUGGCACAGUCAGGAUCUGGGACCUGCGGGAUCACAGCGUGGUCAGGGACUUGACGGGCUACCCGAACGGUGCCAAGAGCAUCGUGGUCAAAGACCACAACAUCUGGACGGGGGGGCUGGACGGCUUUCUGCGGUGCUGGGACCAGCGGAUGGUCAAGAAGCCCUUGGAGUACAGAUUCGAGUCUCAGAUAAUGAGCCUGUCCCACAGCCCCCAGGAAGACUGGGUGCUCCUGGGCAUGGCCAACGGGCAGCAGUGGCUGCAGGAUACCCACGGGGGCCAGACACACAUGGUGGGGUCCAGUGGUGGCACCAUCUUGGGCCUCAAGUUUUCCCCUUUUGGCCAGUGGUGGGUGAGCGUCGGCAUGGACGACGUCAGCAUCCACAGCAUGCCCGUGGGCACGAUGGUGUUCCAGGUACCCGAGACCUCCUCCGUCAUGUGUUGCGACGUGUCUUCCAACAACCGACUGGUCGUCACGGGCUCCGGGGACCAUGCCUCGGUGUACCAGAUCACCUACUGAGGGGCCUCCCGCUGCCAUCCGGCCCCGGCUCCUUUCUGUCUGUCUGUUUUUUCCCCCCUGAUGGAGGGUAGUGGUGGAGGGGGGGACAGGAAGGGUCUUCCACGGCAUUGUGAGAUUGAAUCGGUGGUUUGUGAACUCGGGUCUUUGUCACGGGUAAUAAAGCAACGAGGAAAAGCA